AUGGAGACCUCCGAGGAAAUAGACGAGGAUUACAUUGGGACCAGCCAGGACGAUUUCAAUCUUGCUAUUAACAACGGCCAUGCUGAAGAUACAGCAUUUCAUUUAAAGACACUCCAACCAUCCACCAACGACGUCAUUCAGCCAGCUGUCAAUGAGGGCACUGGUAUGGACAAAUCUGAUGACCACAAACAGGAAGGACAAGAUUGGGAUGGUGUGUCGAAAAUAAACCCCAAUAAGUCUAGUUGUCUGAAGAGAGACUGA